AUGCGGUCCACGGCGUUCAUUGCCCUUUUUCUUCUCACCCCGGCUCUGGCCAUACCCCAAGCUACAUCUGUGGCUUACUCUGGCUCAUCGAGCUCCUCUGACUCCUCUGACUCUUCUGGCUCUUCCGACUCAUCAGACUCUUCGGACACCAUCGCGAGUGACCCCAUCCCUGCCGACUAUAUCAGCGUUCUCGAAACCGCUGUUCCGGCUUCUUGGGAAUAUGAGAUGAUGAACUCCGCCUCCGUAGCUGCAGUCGUGAGCGACGCUGCGGCUGGCAUCUUCCCAUCCUGGUAUAAUGACCUGCCUGCCAGCAUCAAGGCCAUUGUUACCUCCCUUGGCGGCUUCGACGCGAACAUGGUCGGCGCAACUGGCUCGAUGACUGCGACUGUGAGCCCCAACUCAGGGCCUGCUACUGAGACUGCUGUAGCUACCGCGGUUACUGGCUCAACUGGGUCAGCUGCCACGGAGACUCAGGCUUCCACUACCUCAGGCGCUGCUUCCAGCACGAAGCUGACAGCCUCUACGUCCGUGCACUCGACUGGUGGUGCGCCCAUCGCUACUGGCGGUGUCGCUCUGAGUGUUGCUGGUGCUGCUGGUCUGCUGGGCCUUGCUCUUGCCCUGUAG